UUGGCAGUAUUUCCUUUAACUUAACAGACUCCAGUUCUGUAACCUUCUCAAACGGGGAACCUUUUUGGUUGUCCAUUCACCCAGGUCUGACCUCCGAAAAAUCUAGCUCACCCUCCUGCGUUCCACCCCGGCACCACUAUGGCCUCAGCCUGGUCUGAAGAGGAGACCUUUGUCUGCUCAGUGUGCCUGGACACCCUGAAGGACCCGGCCACGCUGCCCUGUGGACAUUCAUACUGCUUGGCUUGUAUCCAGAGCCACUGGGACAAGAGGGACAGCAAGGGUCAGUGCAGCUGCCCCCAGUGCAGGCAGGUCUUCAACCCUCGACCCUCCCUGGCCAAGAGCACUGUGCUCGCGGAGUGUAUAGAGAAACUGAGAACCAACAGCCUCAAGCGAAGCUUGUCCACCGUUGUCUCCUCUGCGCUGCCAUCCAUGCCCAUCUACCUGGAGGUCCUACCGGCUAGAGGGACGCGACAGGGCAGCAUGUACCCUCAGCUCCCCACGGAGGACCCCAGGCCCUGCCCUCAGCACAACCAACCCCUGGACCUGUUUUGCUGCGAGGACAAGGAGUACGUCUGUGAGGUGUGUUGCCAGCAUGGACACAAGGGACACCGUGUGCUCAAACCACAGGAAGAGAGGAAGGAGAGACAGAAAGAGCUGGCUCAGAUGCAGGUGGACAUACAGAAGAGAAUCCAGGCGACUGAAAAGAGGAUUGUGGAGCUCCCACUUGUUGCUCGCCAACACAAGGCCUUGGUGCACGCUCUGAAGCAAGAAAGCACAGACGUAUUCACAGAGCUCGUCAAGAGCGUGAAUCUAACCAGCAUCCAGGUCGGUGAGGUCCUCGACAACCAUGAGACCUCCUUAGGCAGCCGGGUCGAGGGCCAGAUCCACAAACUGGAGCAGGAGGUGGCACCGCUGCGCUGGAAGAGCGAGGAGCUGACCCGGCUGGCCGACAUGCAGGACAACAUCCGCUUCUUGAAGGUAGUAAGUGUGACGCAAAUCGUUGCCAAAGAUGAAUUUCAUUUGAAUUUCACAGGAUUGACAAGUAUUGUGGUGUCAUUCAAUCUUAAGAAUUUCCUCAUCAUGGAGCCGCCGGGUCAGACGGGUGCCACAGGAGAGUCCGUACUGAGUCAGGAGGAAGCGGUGGUGGCCUCCGUCCGCUCGGCCAUGAAACAACUGCAAGAGUCAAUGCAGGACCUCUGCAAAACCGGCCUGGCCAAGAUCGCCACAUUAGUGAAUCCUGAUCCUGGGGCUUCAACAACCAGUGGUGCAGCAGCUAACGACAGCGGUCAGGCCACCACACCAAACACAGUGUAUGUGAUGACGAGAGACCAUCCACCUUUGCGACCUCCGCGACCUCAAGGGCACGAGGAUUCAACAAAACGUCCUUCAUACCUUCAAGCUUCAGCUCCACAUCCACCCAUCCCUCCUCGUCAACCUCAAACACCUCCUGUGACAACAGUGGAACAUUUCAACCUGGAACCGAAGACGAGAGAAGAAAUGCUGAAAUAUCGCUUCGAACCCACCAUGGACGCCAACACGGUGUAUCGCCACGUGCAGCUGUCAGACGGUGGUCGUAAAGCCAGGAUGCGGGCUGAGAACCUGAACCUACCAGACCACCCUGAGCGCUUCCUCUUCUGGAGACAGGUUCUCUGCAGGGAGGCCCUGGCAGGGAACCCUUACUACUGGGAGGUGGAGUGGACCGGCAAGAAGUUCAGCAUCGGCGUGGCCUACAAGGAGAUGGAACGUAAAGGUUCUGAGGACAACAGCCGUCUGGGCCACAACGCUCAGUCUUGGAGCUUGUACUGGUCCGGGACCGGCUUCUCCUUCUGGCACGACGGCCAGGAGAAACUACUGGGCUCGUCUAAGGCCCGGCGGAUCGGCAUCUAUCUGGACCAGCACACAGGGAUUCUGGCUUUUUACCGCAUCGCCCAGAACCAGGCGGCUCUCAUCCACCAGCACCAGAGCCAGUUUACUGCCCCACUGUUCCCAGGGUUCAGGUUCUGUGCAGGAGUAGGAUCUACAGUGACUGUUUGCCAAUUGGAUUGAGUUGCAUAUGAAUGAUGUUUUUUUUUUGCUUUUUUUAUAUAUAACUUGCUUGUUCGGUUGGAAGCAUGUGACACUUUUUAAUAAGGAAGUAAAUGUGCUGUGCAGAUCCUUCUAGACAAGAAACAAAGAUGUCUGGUAUUCAUGUUAUUCUUUCUGCACCGGCUUUUAUUGUACUGAUGUACAUUUUCUAGAAAUAUCUUUAUAAGUGAAUAAAAGAGCAAGA